AUGAGAAGCCAUACAGGAGAGAAACCUUUCAGCUGUUCAGUUUGUAGAAAAUCAUUUAUGUGCAGUGGACGUUUACGCAUUCACAUGAAAUUGCAUUCUGGAGAAAGCUUCAGCUGUUCAGUUUGUCAGAAAUCUUUUAUACUGAAAGGGAACUUGAAAGCACACAUGAAAACUCACACUGGAGAGAAACCUUACAGGUGCACUGUUUGUAUGAAAUCUUUUCUACAGAAAGGGACCUUGGAGGAACACAUAAGAACUCAUACUGGAGAGAAACGUUUUCGCUGCAGUGUUUGUAUGAAAUCCUUUACACAGAGUGGGACCUUGAAAGCACACAUGAGAACUCACACUGGAGAGAAACCUCACAGGUGCACUGUUUGUAUGAAAUCUUUUCUACAGAAAGGGACCUUGAAAGCACACAUGAGAACUCACACUGGAGAGAAACCUUUUCGCUGCAGUGUUUGUAUGAAAUCUUUUACACAGGGUGGAAUUUUAAAGACACAUAUGAAAACCCACACAGGAUAGAAUAGAAUUUUCCGAUAGAAAAUGACUUUUCAACUCCUCCCACAAAGACUUUUAAUUGUUCUAAACUACAGUGGAUUGAGAUCUACUUGAUACUUUUAUACUCAUGUUAUAGUUUAGUGUCCUGUGCUGCCACCCUUUAAACCGCUGUAGCUCCAGUGCUGUGUGCAAAAAUAUUCAUGUACGGCCCUGCUGUUUAUUUUACAUAGUUUUUCAUUUACAUGUUGUACAGCUAUAUAUUUCAAAGCAGGUUUUAAAAAAAAUUCCCUGUCUCUGCCUUUUAUUUUGAUCACAGUCUGUUUUUUUAAAACUGCUUGUGGCAUCUCAAAUGUGGCUUUGACUUGCAGCUGGAAACACGUCGCCCAUUAAUAGAAAUAAAAAAUGGAGAUAUACAUUGUGUGUCACCAGUCGGUCAAGUCACGAGGCUCUGUUGUACAGCGCUGAUCUCAACCAGGUUUUUUUUUGGACAUUUCUGUUGAUCAAAAAGCUAAAUGCUGACAUCUGUGUGUCACUGGAUAAGAGGCUGCUUUUAGUGACUGAUGGUACCAGAUAGAAAGUUAGAAGUUAUAACAUGUCAUCCUCUGCUGUUCAUGACUGUACAUUUUUUUAUUUUAUUUUGGGCACCAGAGAUAUUUAUGACACUACUUUUUGUGCCUUAUUUGCAAAUUCAGGAACACUUCCGGACUUUUAUUUUGAAGCUAAGCAACCGAUUUGCCCCAGAAGCUGUAUUCUUCACUGUGGCUAACUUUAUCCUGUUUUGACAAGAUGGCGUCCAGCAGAAAAGUGUGUUAGCAGAGUGUCUUUGUUGUGUUAUUAAAGUGUGAACAUGUCUAAAGUCCAAAUGCUGAGAUCGUUGGUGAAGCAGCGACUAACUGCGGCUGCUGAAGAGAUAUUUGGGCUGUUUGAAAGAACGAUAGCAGAGUACGAGGAGGAACUUUGUCGAUCAAAAGAGGAGAACGAGCGACAACGGAAACUACUGGAGACUGUUUCCAACCCUCAGCUUCGGUUACACAGAGCAGACGUCCAGCAGCUGUUGGUGGUUAAAGAAGAGGUUCCCCCUGAGCAGCAGGAGUGGAGCUCCAGUGUGGACCAGGAGGACCCAGAGCCUCCACACAUUAAAGAGGAACAGGAGGAACUCUGGAUCAGUCAGGAGGGAGAGCAGCUUCAAGGGCUGGAGGAGGAUGAUAUCAUCAAGUUCACAUUCACUCCUGUCCCUGUGAAGAGUGAAGAUGAUGAAGAGAAACCUCAGUCCUCACAGCUUCAUCAAAGACACACUGAACAGGUGGAAACAGAAGUUGAAAUUGAGGACUGGGAAGGACCAGAACCAGUCUGGAACUCAGAUCCAGAUACACAUUUACAACCUGAGACUGAUGACAGUAACGAUGAUUGGAUGGAGACCAGAGAGUAUCAGUCAGGUUUUAACUCUCUGAAAAAUGAUGAAGACCCUGUCAGUGAUUCACAAUGUAGGGCUGUUGAAAAACUAUUUAGCUGCUCUGACUGUGGGAAAAGAUUUAGCCGCAAGACUGAGCUGAAAAGACACAUGUGCAUUCAUACAGGAGAGAAACCAUUCAGCUGCUCGGUUUGUGAGAGAUCCUUUACACAGACUGUAGACUUACAGAGACACAUGAGAAUCCACACAGGAGAGAAACCUUUCAGCUGCUCAGUCUGUGAGAAAUCUUUUACGCAGAGUGGACAUUUACAGAGACACAUGAGAAUCCACACUGAAGAGAAACCAUUCAGUUGCUCACUUUGUGCAAAAUAUUUAUCGGAGGGUGGAUAUUUACAGCAACACAUGACAACACACACAGGAGAGAAACCUUUCAGCUGCUCAGUUUGUAACAAGUUUUUUACACAGAGCGCUGAUUUACACAGACACAUACACACUCAUAUAGGAGAGAAACCAUACAGCUGCUCAGUCUGUCAGAAAUCUUUCACACAUAGUGGGUAUCUUCAUAAACACAUGACCUGUCACACAGGAGAGAAACCUUUCAGCUGCUCUGAGUGUGGUAAAAGAUUCCCGCGCAAGGAAACAUUAGUUGUUCAUAUGAGAAUCCACACAGGAGAGAAACCAUACAGCUGCUCAGUUUGUAAUAAAUCUUUCACACUAGGUGGAACUUUAAAUAUGCACAUGAGGAGCCACACAGGAGAGAAACCAUUUAGCUGCUCUGAGUGUGGGAAAAAAUUUCCCACCAAGACAGAUCUGAAGAGACAUAUGAACACACAUACGGGAGAGAAACCUUUCAGCUGUCCAGAUUGUAAGAAAUCUUUUACACAGCAUGGGCAUUUACAAGCACACAUGAGAAGCCAUACUGGAGAAAAACCUUACAGCUGCUCAGUUUGUAAGAAAUGUUUUCCAUAUAGUGGAGGUUUACUAAAACACAUGAGAAGCCACACUGGAGAAAAACCUUAUAGCUGCUCUUUUUGUGAGAAAUCUUUCACGCAAAAUGGAAUUUUACAGAAACAUAUGAAAAUUCACACAGGAGAGAAACCUUACAGUUGCAGUGUUUGUGACCAAACAUUCACUUGGCUUACACAACUGAAAAUCCAUCAGUGUGUUGGGUGUCAGUCCUCACAGCCUCAUCAAACUCAAACUGAGGAGAACAGAGAGGCAGAGCCUCCAGCCAGCAGUUCAGCUGAACAGAUGAAAACAGAAGCUGAUGGAGAGGACUGUGGAGGACCAGAACCAGCCAAGAGCUCAGAUUCAGAUACACAUUUACAACCUGAGACUGAUGACAAGACUGGAGAGUCUUCUGAUCCUGAGAAUGAACACUAAUAAUGAUUGGAUAAAGACCAGAAAACCUCAAUCAGACAGAAAUUCUCUGUAAAAUAAUGGAGUCCAAGUGCACUGUAUGAGAGUUAUUGUCAUCAAAAACUAGGCCCAGUCACUCUGAGUGUGUUAAAAUAUUUGUCUACUCGUGUCAUAAGUAACAGCUGAGGAAAAAACUAAAUUAAGCAAAAAAGUAAGGAAAUCUGUGUUUGAUAGAUUAUUUCUUUGUUACAAUGUUGUAACAAUGCUUCUUUGCAAUAAAUCUUAUGCCGUUGACUGUUUAUUUCUCUUUUAAAUGGUGCCACAUUUGUUAGGAACGUGCAUUUGUGGGAUGAGCAGCAGAGCUGAGUAUGUGGGUUGUGCCCAUGAAAAAUUUGCCUAACAGCUUUUUAUGCUGUUGACUGUUGUUUGGUGGAUUGGAUGAUUGAAGUCUGAAGAAACAAGACAUAUGAGCCAUUUAACAAUUUAUUCAUUUAACAAACAGCAGCCUCAGUGGCGUGUGAAAGAACCAUACACAGCCACAACAGCCUGGCACCUCCUCCUCAUGCUGGUCACCAGCCUGGUCACACACUGCUGUGGGAUGGCAUCCCAUGGUUGUGUUGGUCACUCUGGCACGAACAGCACGCCCAAGCUGAUCCCACAAGUGUUCAGUGGGGUUGAGGUCACGACUGCUGGCAGGCCAUUCCAUCCUCUCCAUCCCAAAUUUUGGAGGUAGUCUCUGAUAAACCUCGCUCUGUGGGGGCGAGCGUUGUCAUCUUGGAGGACAGAGUUCGGUCCCAGACUGUGGAGAUGUGGGAUUGCCACUGGCUGCAGAAUUUCAUCUUGAUAUCUCUGCAUUGAGAUUGCCUCCAAUGAUGACAAGACUUGUUUUUCCAGUGAGAGAGAUGUCGCCCCACACCAUCACACUGCCUCCACCAAAAGAUGUUACUCUAUCGGUGCAGCAAUCAGCAAAGAGUUCUCCGCAAUUUCUCCACACUUUGACCCUACGAUCCAGCUGCUAUGAGACCAGAGAUUGGCUGUGUGCACUCUGUUCCGGAUUGUCUGGGCAAAAUUUGACUGCAAAUCUGUAGAAGAUUGCCUACGGUUCCUAAGUGCUGACAGGAUGAGGAAACGGUCUUCUUGGGGUGCCGACUUCACAGCCUGUCUUUGACACUCCCCGUAAAAUGUAACUUGGCCUUCAUUUUGCAGACGGUACGAGGGCUCAUUCCAAAUAAUGUGGCAACUUGGUUUUGCGGAACACCAGCUUGAAGUUGCCCUAUCGCACGGGCCCUAUCCAGAUCAGUCAAACAUGGCAUGCUGAUUCACACCUGACAGUCACACCUGAUUGUCAGCACCUGGGGGUACCAGAAGCUCAAAACAUGAGUCAAUAUCAACAGCAAAAAAAGGUGUUUGGCAUUGGCAGAGAAGAUUAGGCAAAUUUUUCAUGGCUGACAGCCCACAUACUCAGCUCUGCUGCUCAUCCCACAAAUACAUGUUACUUACAAAUGUGGCACCAUUUAAAAAGGGAAAUAAACAGGUUUUCCAACUGUAUAAGGAUUAUUCCCAAGAAGCAUUGAUGCAACAAAGAAAUAAUCUACCAAACACAAAUUUCCUUACUUUUUGUGCUUUUUGAUCAUUCAGCUGCUCAGUGUGAAAAAAGUUUUAAAGUAAAGAUCCACCAGGCAGUCACAUGUCAAAGGUCAUAAGUGUGUCUUCAACAGCAGUGAUGAAACUCUGGAGCAACAGAGAGUUGAAACAGUUGUGAACAUG